GGGUUCAACGUACAGAGCUCUCUCGUGCCUGCGAGCGAGCGCCACUAGCCGAUCGAUACGGCCGAUGCGCGAAAGCUCGUUCCCCGCCCCGUCCGAGAGUCUCCUCUCUUUCUCGCUCUACGCUGCUGCAGCGCCAGCCUGCAGUCUCCGGCGCAAGCUCGCGCCAGUCGUGUGUGUGCUCUUCUGUCUGUCUCUCUUUCUAUAUAUCUCUCUCUCCUCUCUUCCUACAGUGACUCCUAGUGAACCAAGAAAAUUUCCAAUGUGUAUGUGACGCCAGCAGCUAUUUCAACUUCUUUUCGUUGCUUCGACAAACGCAUCUCUUUCGGUAAGGACAGCAAUCGAUGCCAGUAUUCUCAAUCUGAGGAAUCAAGUUGGCAAAUGAGACCUCGGUAUUUGCAUAUCCCGCGUGAAAGAGAACAAAGUUCCACGAGCAUAGACGAAGCAGCGCCACAGAUGCCAGCGUAGGCGCGUUCGUGAUCUCGUCAUCCGCGAGCGUCGACCGAGCAACAACGGAGUGGUCAUCCGAGUCCGCAACGGUCGCAGUCGCCAUCGGAAUCUUCGGGCCACAGAAUGCUCAGCGCCGACUCACCGUGCGCACGGCGAGCGACGGUAAAGAAGACGUUGUUGACCAAGUCGAGGUCGUCGAGGUCGGCCGUUGCGACCACAAGGCUGCAGCAGCGAGCGCAACAACAAACACCGUGCAGUGCAGGGCGACGACGACGAGCAUCAGGCGCGUAAUAGCUAUGCCCUGCGCGCCCGAGGCGGCAGCCGCAGCAGUGUCACGCGAGAUGGCCGCCACGGCCAAGCACGAGUCCGCGCUGGUCAACCAGCGACGCAAGUUCCAGAGCGAUCACCCGACCUCGCCGAACAGCGCGAGCGGCGCCAGCCACAACUCGACGGCGAGCGCCGGCGGCGGCGGCGCGUCCGGCGACGAGGACAUCGCCGCCAUCGCCAAGCAAAUCAGCGACCACGCCGAGGCGAUCUACCAGACCUGGAAGAGCCGCGGCCUCGCGCCCACCGAGAUACUCAGCUGCCAGGCGGUGCCGACCGACAAGUUCGGCAGCGUGCUGUCGCCAGUCGGCAGUCCCCAGGCCAACAAGCCCGCGGCCGUCGACAUUCUCGCCCAGGACAACAACAAUCUGGAGAAACUGGUCAACAACUUCGUCGUGGAGGACAAGGCGCGGAGGCAGCGCUCGCCUUCCAAGAACCUGCCCUCCUCCAUAGCCUUCGCCCUGCAGAAGUUCGAGCAGAACUCCGCGCCGCUUCUGCAGCAGCAGGCGCCCGCGCAGCCGAAGACGCCGACGAGUCAGCUGAGGCCGACGAGCUUCGCCAGCCGCGGGGCGCAGAUGGUGAAGCAGCAGCAGCCGGCGCAGCAGCAGCACAAGGAGGUCUUCCUCGAGACCAUCGACGCCAAGACCACUCCGACCGGCGGCGAGUGGCCGCUCAAGGCCAAGCUCAAUGCCAAGAGUCCCGUCAACUCCAAUGCCAACUACUUGGACGAGGUGGCCCGGGAAGAGGAGCGACUGAUCAACGCUCUCAAGACCGGCGCGGUCAUCGGCGAGCUGGAGCGGCCCAAGCAGAAACCGGCGAUUGCUCGCGAGACCAAACCCAAAGUCGAGCCAGUCAAGCCAAUUCUCAUAUCACCUCAGGCCCUCACCUCCGCGGCUAUGGUCAACAACGUCCAUCUGGUCAAUUCUCCUGGCAGUGAGGCCAAGAAUCGGGACGUGCUGGACUUUGUCAAGGUGCGAUUUGGACAGACGGCGCUCACGCAAGAACCGAAGUCUGCCGAACCGAUUGUCUCGGCUACGAGGUCCAAGUUCGAACCAGCCGUCCAUUCCGAACCUGCCAAGGCGCUGGCCGACAAGGAGCCGAAGGAUGAGAAAGACUUUAUCGCGUCUCGAUGGGGUCUUCGAUUGAACUCUUCGCGACCGAGGCCCGUCGAGCCGGUCCCUCACCCCGAACUCACCAGCCAGCAGAAGCAACAUAUCCGGCAGGCAGCCACCAACACUGCCAAUCACAACCCAGUGCGGCCGUUUUUGACCAGAGGCUCUGUCGCUGAGAGAGUGCUCAUCUUCGAGAAGUGCCCCAGUGAACUGUUGCUUGACAAACGUGGCCCAAGACAGCCCGUCGCCAACACGUGGAGGACCAAUCAACAACAACAGCAGCAGCAGCAGCAGCAGCAACAGCAGCAUCAGCAACAGCAGCAGCAGCAGCAGCAGCAACCGCAACAGCAGCAGCAGCAGCAGACGCAGCAGGAGAUUCAAAGUAAACCACAGACCACAUAUCCAGCAGUCAAGCCACAGCCAAAGACUCUACCGCCACACACGACACUUCAGAGACAUGUUAAGACCAACAGGAAUGUUCAAAUACCGAGGUUCUAUUAUCCGGGCGGCAAACCCAGUCCUGUGUCUCAGGUCGAAACGACGAUCUCUCGGAUCACUGCGGCCUUCCACAGUCUUCCAGGUCAUCGAGCUUCUCGCGCGCAAUUCCAUGCCAUUACAAAGGCCUGUGAUUUACCGUUGUAUUGGAAGGUCCCACUUUUCUUAGCGUCUGGCGGCGACACAAACGGAAUUAUCGAAAUGAACGAGUUCCUCGACUUCUGGAAAGAACUGUGCAAAAUGCAUCACGACGCUGCGAGUAAAUUUGUAAGAAUAGUGACACGAGGCCUGAGAACAAGUAUCCUUCCGGAGGAUUUGAUCCCUUUGGUGCAGGACGUGGUGGAGACUCAUCCGGGACUGACAUUCCUGAAAGAGGCAACGGAAUUCCAUUCACGAUACGUUCACACGGUAAUCGCCAGGAUAUUUUACUGCGUUAAUCGCAGUUGGAGCGGCAAAAUCUCGGUACCCGAAUUGAGGCGAAGCAAUUUGCUCUCAGUGAUCAGCAUUUUGGAGCACGAGGAGGAUAUCAAUCAAGUGACCGCUUACUUUAGCUACGAGCACUUUUACGUGAUUUACUGCAAGUUCUGGGAGUUGGACAGCGAUCAUGAUCUCUUCAUUGACAAAAUGGAUCUUACGCGACACAAUGAUCACGCUGUAUCGAUGCGUAUGAUCGAGCGAAUCUUCAGCGGAGCCGUGACAAGAGGCGUGAAGAGUGCUAACGGUGUUCAGCAUCCCGAGGACAAAAUGAGCUACACCGAAUUCGUGUGGUUCUUGCUUAGCGAGGAAGACAAGAAUCAUCCUACAGCUAUCGAAUAUUGGUUUAGAUGCAUGGAUUUGGAUGGUGAUGGUUACUUGUCUAUGUAUGAGUUAGAGUACUUUUAUGAGGAGCAAUUACAUCGAAUGGAAAUGAUUGGCAUUGAGACGCUUCCGUUUGAGGAUUGCUUGUGCCAGAUGCUGGAUAUGGUUAAGCCCAAAAUUCCUGGAAGCAUAUCUUUGAGCGACUUGAAGAGAUGUAAAAUGACCUCUAUAUUCUUCGAUACAUUCUUCAAUCUCGAGAAAUACUUGGACCAUGAACAGAGAGAUCCAUUCGCAUCUGCUAGGGAUCACGAUGCAGAAGGGCACGAGUUAUCCGACUGGGAUCGUUUUGCAGCAGAAGAAUACGAACUGCUCGUGGCUGAAGAAAGUGGUAACGAUCAAGACGAUACUCAGAUUUACGGCAUCGAUGAAGACGGUCACAUAUUCGAUAAGCUGAUUGAGAAGGUAAAAAGUGCGCUCUUUACUCGCCCCAAGGACUCGCAACACGAUAGCUGUGAUAGCGAUGAUUACGCCGAUAGUGACAAUUGAAAGCAUUGUGUUGAUCAUAAAUUAUCCAGAUUGAACGAUGAACAAUAUAAAAAAAAACUCAAUAGAUAAUGCCCACCGCUGAUGGGAAAACUUGUAAAUAGUAGUCGUAACAUUGCGAUGGAAUAUUCUAUUAGAUUUAUUUGCGAUAAUAAGUGAGGCUCGAUUGCUGAAAAAAGUAUGAAGUAUUAGAGUAUGAAUGGUAUUGAGUAGGUAUCUAUUAAUGCAGCUAAUGUAGCGUUUGUUGGCUAUUUGUCGGAAAAAUGUCUUAUUAUUACAAAAAAUAAGUGUCCGAAGUCAAAGCUGAAAAACUAUCAAAAACGUUACUGAUUAUACUAAAGAUUAUGCCUAAACCUUUUUUUCGUUACUUUUAAGACUUUUAUCUUUAUUUUUAUGAAUAUACUUUUGUUUAAAAAAAUGUCUUCCAGAGUAAAGAACCAAACAUAGUAUGAUACUCUUACUCUUUUUAAUAAUCUUAACAUAAUCUUACUUUCGGCUACGUUUUUGAUACUUUUGCUUUUCAAUUACACAGUAUGGUAGUCCGAACAUUCAUGAGAUGUUACAUAACAGUAUGAUUAAUAUUAAAAAUGUGAACAACGUGAAAUUUUUUCUCUACAAAUUUAUGUUUAAAAUUGAAGUUAGAUAAAACCUAUGCGUACGUAAUCAUCAGUAUUUCGUGUUUGUGGUACAAAUACGAAUUGCUGGUCAUGAAAAAAUUCAUAUAUUUAAAAAUAGGUUCUUCAAACAAAAGGAACAAUAUAAAGUGCUAAAGGUAAAAGUUUUGCAUAGUGAAUCAUGUCGAAUAAAAGUUCCAAAAUAAUAAUGAAUAAAUAUUUGUAUAUGGAUACGUAGAAUUGAUAUUUAUGAAAAAGAGCUGCAUCCUUUUAUAAGAGAGAGUGUAGUAUGAUAAAAAUCAGUAAUUAGCAACAAAUUACGUAGUUGCUUUUAGUAAAAAUUUGUAAAGAAAUAUUAAUGCCAGAAUAAAAAUGUUCGUGAUCCAUAUCUAAAGGAAAUAACUUGUAGGUAAUUGGAAAAUUAUCUUUCAUAUAUUGAUUUACAAAUUAGUCACGUCUAUGAUGAUACAUCAUGAAUGCAAAAUCAAUUAUACAAUUUAAAAAAACUUGUGAUGUAGACGAGCACAAUUGUGUGUAGAGAACAUAUUUGUUUAAGGAAUCAUAUAUGGAAAAAAAAGGCCAAGACAAAUAAGGAACUAACAUUUAAGUUUCCCAUGUAUGAUUUUUUUACCUUGUCAAAUUACAGUACAGUAAAGAUUUUUACUACUUCAAUUUUUAAAAGUAUCACUAUUCUAAUGAUAAUUAAAUAAGUGUAUCCGUACACCAUAAUGGGUGGUAAAAAAUGAUUCUGCCAAGAGUUUUAGGUAGAAUUUGUGACUUCUUGCCAUACGAAGCUAACCUUUUGUAGAUUAAUUGUAGAUUUUUUAAGUUGUCAAGACUGUUGAGUUGUAUAUAUGUUUCUUUAAUUUUCUUUUGAUGUAUGUAGUUUUUACGCAUGUGCACACACAUACAAUAAAACGAAAUUUAAUAAUCUAGUCCAAAGCGUGCUAUUGUAUAUCUUUUAUUAAUGAUUAUUGAGCUAAAUGAAUAUAUUUACUAAUCAAAUAUACUGGAAAAACGUAAUAAAAGAAUAACGUCCGACAAUAUCGGGGAUGCAUCUGUGUCGACGAAAACCAUAAGUGUAAACGUGAAAAAAUUAUAUGGUGUAUAAUACGUAUGAAUGUAGAACGUCAUUCAACUAUGUUAUUUAUAUAAAACAAAAGUUAUACGUCAUUUUUUUUCCAUUGCGAAUGUAUGAUAUUUUUUCUUCGAAGAAGCGAAUCUUUUUCAGAUGAAUGGCUUAUUCUUAUUCGUGAAAAUUACGUACUUACAAAUGAUGAAAAAGAAAAGUGUAACUCUAACAAUUAGAUCGCAUAAACUCUUUGAACAAUCUACUGUUCAUUAGGUAAUUAAAAGUUGAAAUUAUAUGCUUAAAUAUUUGCAUAUCGUAUUAAUAGAAAAAAUUACUUUUAUAUAGGGAACAUACAUUAUUCUGAUCAUCACAUUUCUCUGUUGCCAGCCAGCAAUUUGACUUAUGACUAGUUCUUUGCGAUUGAGAAGGAUAACUGGUAGAGAAACGAGAAUGGGAUCGAUUUAUUUAAUCAUCCAAAGAUGUAUUAUUUAUGUUACUGUUAGAGAGACGAUUAAAAGAAUCUUGUUAUGGUUUUUUACGAUAUUUAUAUGCAUUCGUUUUAUUGUAUUCUUCUUGUGAAGGGAUUAGUACAAGCAAAAUUUGCUAGGUACAAUCCUAAAUAUUUACCAGUGCAUUUGAUAUUUUCAAUUGUUAUAUUUAUUGAUUACUAUAUAUUAUAGAUUUAUCAUUGUUUGAGCAUCUAUGGAUGCGGUGAAAUGAUUUGUAAACUAAUUAAGAGACAGAUUUUCGGUUUUUGCUUCUGUUGAUAAAAUAUGCGCUGAACUUACGAAAGCAGCGAGAUUAUGUUUUAAAACAUUUAUAUAUUACGUCAGCUGCAUGAACAUCAUGUACUCUAUUUUAUCGUCUUUCGAUAUUUAACGAUAAAUUGAUCGAAAAGCGAAAAAAAGUCACAUUUUGUGUACCUAUUUCAUUUAUAUGGGUAUAACGUAAUAAUGUAUGUUUUAGUUAUGGAAUAAUAUGUAUAUACCUUCACAUAUGUUUUGUUAGUUAUGCAUGAUUAGAUAAGUGAUACGGAAGCUUCUGAAUAAAAGUGAAGAUAUGUUUCGAAUGUGAAGAGAAAAAAUAUAUCCGUCGCAGUUCUGCCUUUUCCAAGCUGGUUCAUGUGCGCUUUUUUCUCCGUCUCUAAUUAUCAGUUACCCGAUUAAUAGAAGUGUGUAUUUUUAAUAAGGCAAACAGAUUUCCGAGAAGUAAAAAUAAUUGUGGGUGAUAAAAGAAAAUGACGAUGAUAUAUAUCUUUUUAGGUCUGUAAAGUCAAUGCGACAGCAGCCUUAAAUUUUCAAAUAUCACACUACGUCAAUGUACAACGCAUAAGUACCUCGACUAUUUAUCUUAAUAAACGUUACGUAA